UACUGGUGGUACCACCUCUCGGGCCGCGCACAAUCCUGGCAGCCUUUAAAACCCAUGCGUUUUCGCUAAAUUCACUACUUGUGUUCCUUCCCAGUGUAACGUCACAUCGUAAAGUCACAUUGCAGCAAACCCGGGCCACAGCUUACAGCAAGAACUCUCCACAAAGCUCUUGUUAGAAACCACCUGCAUCACCAUGGCCAAUCGAGAUUUGAAGACGACGAUUCAGUGGCAGAAUCUUGAAUUGUUGACACGUUAUGACAACAAUGAUAUGGACGGACUCAAGAAUCUCUUCACUGAGGAUUGUAAAAUUUGGGUAGGGGGAUCAGAUGAUACACUCUACAAACAGGAUGAUGUCCCCAGGUUGCUGCGUGCUGCGCGAGCAGGAGGUGCAAAGUACAAGCGCGAAACUGAUGAAGUCGGACCACCAGGCACUGAUGGCACGGUGUAUGAGAGAGGACGUUUUUUAGCCAUUGGACCGGAUGGGUCAUCGUCUGUAUCUUCCGGCAACUAUCUUAGCAUCUGGAAAAAAAUAAAUGGAGAAUACAAACUGCACCAGACGCACAUUAAAGGACCACCUGACCUUGUCAGUCCGAUGGAGUGUCAUACUUAACGGACACUUGGAUAAUUAAUAAGCAGUUCUUGUAAAGCGCAUAAUAUUAAAAAAAGUCUCUACGUGAUUAAAAAUAUUGGUUUUUAAGUUUAGAUUUAAAUUGUUCUAGCGAAACCCAUGAAACACAACGGAAUGGUCCUUAUUUAGGGCAACAUUAUUUUAUAAUCUUUAAUCCUAGACAAAAUUGAGUUUGCAUUAUAACGAACAAAUUAGUACAAAUCCAGUGCAACUCUUUUUAUAUAAAAUAAACUGUCUGUGAUCGUUGUGAAAUGGGAAAUACUUGCGGAUACUCACAACUAAAUACGCCUCUCUUAAUAUUUAUGCAUGACGUCAAAAUUCUUACCCAAAAUGAGGCUAUGGGCGCACGUCCCCC